AUGCCACUCCGCAGCACAACUGAGCAGCAGACACGGGUGAAAUGGAGAGGCUCUAGAGUUUCGAAUGGUUAUUGUUCCUGGUUGAGGUCCCUGAAUGCUAGUAAAAGUGAACUCUUCAUGCACGAUCAUCACCGGCAGGCUCUGUUCAGUCAGGCCAUGGUCUACUGCUGCGACAUCAUCAUCAUCACGCACACACACGGGCACGGUCAACCACAUGCAAGGCUACUCAGGAGAAGGAUGCCACGGCAUAAACUCAUCGCAUCUGAAAGUGACGUGAGCAUUGAGGUGGAUGAAGGAAAUGACAAAAAAUCCAGUGUUUAUUAUGUGAAAGUGGAGGAAAAUUGUGAGAGAGGUAAGAUAAAGCACGCUAGUCGAGAUGGCAAACGGAGGAGGGAGAGAAAUGGUGAAACUAGGAGAAAAGCUUCAGAGAAAAGAACAAGUGAAGGGGAAAGUAAAAAAGCAGAGAAGAAACAUGAGAAAGGCCACAGAACGGCAAGGAAAGCGGGAGAGAAACAUGGAAAAAGGCAAAGACGAAAGAAUGCAGAUGAAGAGGAGGCUGAGGAUGAACCCAGCAAAGAGAAAAAGAACAUGAAAAAUGAACAAAACAAGACUUUAAAACUGGAGGAGAAGGAAAAGGAUGUGAAGAAAAUGAAAAGGAGGCAUGUUAAAAAUGAAGAGGAUGAGGCAAAUCAUGGAAAGACAACACAACAUUUGAAGGAAGAAAAGAGAAGAAAGAAAAGAAAAAAGCCAGAGACUACCUCAGAGUCAGAGUCUAAAUCUGAGUCUGAAUCUGAGUCAAAGAACAGUCCGGCAGUGGGAGUUUUGGGUUCUCUGACUCCAGAGGAGCUGGAAAAGUUAAAAGAAGCUGUGGAGGAAAGAAAAAAGCUCAUCACAACACUAAGAGGAAAACCCUGGCCCAUGAAAAAGAAACUAGUGGUCCUCAGGGAGUCGCAGGAGUUUGUGGAGAAAUAUGAAGGUGCUUUGGGGAAAGGCAAAGGCAGAAAACUUUAUGCCUACAAGGUCAUGAUGAUGAAGAAAUGGAUGAAGUUUCAGCGUGAUUUUGAGAACUUCAAGACUGCCUGCAUCCCGUGGGAGAUGAAGAUAAAAGAAAUCGAAAGCCAUUUUGGCUCUUCGGUGGCCUCAUACUUCAUAUUCUUGAGGUGGAUGUAUGGCAUCAAUAUGAUUUUGUUUGGACUGACAUUUGGGCUGGUCAUGGUUCCAGAGGCUCUUAUGGGAAAACCAUAUGGCAGUUUACCAAGAAAGACAGUGCCCAGAGAGGAAGAGGCCAGUGCUAUGAAUUUUGCAGUCUUAUGGGAUUUUGGGGGCUAUGCUAAGUACUCUGUCCUCUUUUAUGGCUACUAUAACAACCAGCGGGCCAUUGGGUGGCUGAAGUUCCGCAUGCCGCUGUCCUACUUCCUGGUUGGAGUGGGCACAGUGGCCUACAGCUACAUGGUGGUGAUCAGGACUAUGGCCCGCAAUGCAAAUGAAGAAGGUGGCGGAGAUGACACCAGCUUUAAUUUCAGCUGGAAGACAUUCACAAGCUGGGAUUACCUUAUUGGAAACCCUGAGACAGCAGACAACAAGUUUGCUUCCAUCACCACCAGCUUUAAGGAGGCCAUUGUGGAGGAGCAAGAGAGCAGAAAAGAUGACAACAUCCACCUGACAAGAUUCCUCAGAGUGCUGGCCAACUUCCUGGUGCUCUGCUGUCUGGCAGGGAGUGGGUACUUGAUCUACUUUGUAGUACGCAGGUCUCAGAAGUUUGCACUGGAGGGCCUGGAGAACUACGGCUGGUGGGAGAGGAAUGAGGUCAACAUGGUGAUGUCUCUGUUGGGAAUGUUCUGUCCGAUGCUUUUCGAUGUGAUCAGCACUUUGGAGAACUAUCACCCACGCAUCGCCCUCCAGUGGCAGCUGGGACGCAUCUUCGCUCUUUUUUUGGGGAACCUGUACACGUUUAUCAUCGCCCUCAUGGAUGCCAUCCAACUUAAGAGGGCAGAAGAGGAGAUUGUGAAGAAGAAUAUGACAAUCUGGCAGGCCAACUUGUACAAUGGAACGGUGCCAGACAACUCGACUGCUCCUCCGCUCACUGUGCAUCCUGCUGAUGUUCCCAGAGGGCCUUGCUGGGAGACAAUGGUGGGACAGGAGUUUGUUCGUCUGAUAAUUUCUGACACAAUGACGACUUACAUCACUCUGCUGAUUGGGGAUUUCAUGCGUGCCGUACUGGUGCGGUUCCUGAACAACUGCUGGUGCUGGGAUCUGGAGUAUGGCUUUCCAUCUUAUUCAGAGUUUGAUGUUAGUGGGAAUGUUCUGGGGCUGAUCUUUAACCAGGGAAUGAUCUGGAUGGGUGCAUUCUACGCUCCAUGUCUUCCAGCAUUAAAUCUUCUUCGGCUUCAUGUGUCCAUGUACCUGCAGUGUUGGGCAGUGAUGUGCUGUAAUGUGCCUCAGGAACGGGUCUUCAAAGCUUCAGGCUCCAAUAACUUCUACAUGGCCAUGCUGCUGGUCAUUCUCUUCCUCUCUACAUUACCAGCCAUAUACACCAUUGUCUCCAUUCCUCCCUCCUUCGACUGCGGGCCCUUCAGUGGGAAACCCCGCAUGUUUGAUGUGAUUCAGGAGACUCUGGAGACAGAUUUCCCUGCCUGGUUCAGUAAAGUAUUCAGUUAUGCCUCAAACCCCGGUCUGGUGCUGCCAUUCCUUCUGCUUUUGGUUCUCGCAAUAUAUUACCUGCAGUCCACUUCUAAAACAUACAAAAGAGUAAACAUGGAGCUGAAAAAGAAACUUCAAACACAAAAUGAGGAAAACAAGAAAAAGAACAAACUUGCAGCCUUAAAAGCGGCCAGUGACUUGGAGCAGGCAAGAAAAGCUGGAGAGCAACGCAGAAACAGCAUCUCAGAUUUGGGAGUGAAUGAAGAGAGCGGCAGUGUAGAUGAAACAGGCCAUCAAAGACAGACUGGACACAACGGACACUUCAUUCAUCCUGGACCUCACGUCUCCUCUUCCCACACAUCCAGACCCCCUGUGUCCCGUGGCCACACAUCAUCUGGACAUCUUCCAGGUCACCCGCAGCAGCCACAGAAAAAUUCGAAGAAGAGAUAAAAAUCACACAUAGAUUUCAGUGUGUUUGUCACAAUAACAACAUUGAGCACUUAUUUACAUGAGCAUUUUAUGUCUGACUGAUACUGUAACAUAGUGUAAAUCCUUUGGGCAAGCCUACAGCACGUCAGGUAUGUGUCAGUGAAGCUCCAGGUCUUGUUGGCUAUGUAACCCUAGAAUGAUAAGUCUUAUCUCUGUCACUGUGAAACAGAAAUGACUGCUCUUGUUACACACAAGCCAAAUGCAGGGUCAAGCUACGAGGCUCUUGAUUUGUUCCUUAAAUUGACUUGAUGUUUUAUAUAUAUUUUUUUAGCUUUAGAUUUGCUUGAUUGCCGUUUAUAUGCCAGAUGCAAGCAGGCAUUAAACUAAAAGCAGCUAAAGUGAGCAUUUGUUUUUUAUUAUCAUGAAGUAACUGUUCAUAGUUUUUAA